AUGGAUCAAAGAGAAGCAAUGGCGUUAUCCGGGUCGGGUUCUUACUAUAUCCAAAGAGGCAUGCCUGGUUCUGCUCCUCCACAAACCCAAGCGUCGUUUUAUGGAUUGCAAGGGUUUCAACAUUUCUCCAAUCCCAACUCUCCUUUCGUGCCAAACCUAAACCAAGGAGGCGGCUCCACUGGACUCGUGUCUCCUCCUUUACCAGUUGAGACUUCUCAGGUUGAUUCUCCAACGCCGGUUGCACUUCCUCCGUCUGGUGAGACGUUUGUGAAGCGGAAGAGAGGAAGACCUAGAAAAUACGGACACGGUUCUGUUUCCUUGGCAUUGUCUCCUUCAGUCUCCUCCUCCUCCUCCAUGUCCCCAAACUCUAACAAACGUGGCCGUGGAAGACCUCCUUGUUCCGGCAAGAAGCAAAGGCUUAGUUCCAUUGGUGGAUCGCUGCCUUCAUCGUCCGGGAUGAGCUUCACCCCGCACGUAAUCGCAGUUUCCGUUGGUGAAGACAUUGCAUCAAAGGUUGUGUCCUUUUCACAGCAAAGUCCAAGAGCCAUUUGUGUUUUAUCCGUUACUGGUGCAGUCUCUACUGCAACUAUUCUUCAGCCAUCGCCAUCACAGGGAGCUAUUAAAUACGAGGGUCGUUUUGAGCUCUUAACUCUGUCAACUUCUUAUCCGAACGCAACUGACAAUGACUACCCAAACCGCACUGUGAAUCUAGCGGUCUCACUCGCUUGCCCGGAUUUUCGUGUCAUUGGUGGUGGAGUUGGAGGCCCUCUAAUAGCAGCAAGCUCAGUUCAGGUUAUCAUUGGGAGCUUCAUUUGGGCUAUUCCUAAAGGGAAGAUUAAAAAACGAAAUGAAGAUGUCCAAGAAACUGACGCUUUGGGCGAUAACACAGCAGCAACGUCGCCUGAUGUUCGUCAGCAAAGCCAUAACCUUGUUCAGACGCCUGCAGGGAUGUGGUCAAUAGGUUCAAGAUCAAUGGACAUGCAUCAUGCCCAUAUGGACAUUGAUCUAAUGCGUGGAUGAUCCAUUUGUGUGUAUAAGCAUUGAAUCUAGGAGAUUAAGAAGAAGAAAGACUUAAGCUAACUUCUCUGAGAACAAAAUGUCUUUAGUGAUUUUCAGAAUUCAUGCUGGGUUCUUGAGCUUUUGGUUAAUUGAGUUUUUUUUUGC